UAUAACUACAGCUCCCAUGAUGCAUCGCGUGGGUCAAGCUAGUUGCUAGCUGCUAGCUGCUAAGCAAACGGUGGAGCAGGCAGGCGCAAGCAAUGUUUAUUUGGCAACUAUAGUUCAGAAUCUUUGAAAAUCAUGAGUUCUUCAGACGAAACGUGUAAAGGCACGAAACGACCCGCAUCUCCAGAUAAAACAGGAGCCACACAAUGGAGAUCGGCAGAUUUAGGGACAGACGAAAGGAAGCAAAAGUUUUUGAAGCUGAUGGGAGCAGGAAAGAAAGAGCACACUGGACGCCUUGUUAUUGGGGAUCACAAGUCAACGUCCCAUUUCCGCAGCGGGGCAGAGGAUCAGAAGAUUAACACAGAGCUCGAGCACCAGUAUCAGCAGGGUCUGGAUGGGAAGUUAUCAGGAAGGAACAGGAGACACUGUGGACUGGGCUUUAGUGAGCCCGAUCCACCUGCUGAGAGUGCGAGCGCCGCUGUGCCCGAGAAGUCAGACAGUUCAGAAAAGGCCCCUGAACCACCAUCAGAACCACACAAGGACGAGAAAACACCUUCAUCCAACUCAGAGCUCAAGAAACAGGAACUGCACACAGACUCAAAGGAGGACAAGAAAAAUACUUUUAAAAUGGCAUUUGUAAAAUCCACAUAAAUGGCAUUGUUUUUGUUGUAAUUUCUUGAUCUCCUAAAAUGUUCCAGUGAGGUAUUGAGAGAGAGAGCACAUUUUUAUUUCCAUUAAAAUUGAAAAAUUGUGGGUUUCAAUUUUAAAUGUAAUUAUGUCUGUUGUCAAGUCAUUCGGACUUGCCUGGUCUUGUUGAGAAUGGUUUAUUCUCUACUAAUUAAAGGCAUAGUUCAUAUAAGAAAUGAAGAUCCGGUCUCAGUCUACUCAGCGCUUAUGAUUUCAUAUACACACGAGGAUGAGUAGAUGAAAUCUUUAUAGAAUUGUCAAGAAAGUGAGGUACAGAAAUUUGCAGACAAAAUGUCAACUGUGUGUAUUAAAAGGUGUAGGAAAAUAUCAAUAAAGAGUAAAAAUUCUGUGAUUGUGAUCAUAAAAAGCUUUAAAACUUUCCAUAUAUGCAUUUUUGUGUCCCCCCCCCCUUUAUGAAAAAGAUUUCAUAAAGAAAAAAUACAAAUGAAAAGCAGUCAGUUAUACUAGGAA